AUGGAAUCCGAAGAGUUACUAGAGUUACACGAAAAUUUGAUUAAUGUUUCUUCUGAAUUGUUGGAUUUGUGGAAUCUUCUUAUAUUUGGUGACUACACCAAAGGGCAAACACCUAUCCUAUUAAGAUAUGGAAAAGUUGAUGACAUGAUUCAAGGACACGGUUGCUCGCAAUUGACCAAUUCAACUCUAAAAACAUGUUACGGAUUAGAUGAAUUGGUUAAAGCCUUUGUGCUUAGUUCACAUGAGAUCAACGAAAGGGUCAAUAAUAAGGGACCUAAUAACUAUAUUCAAACAUUUGAUGAUUUGAUAGAUUUUUAUUUCAGGACCAAUAUUCUCACUUCUAACUUGUUUACAUUCUUGGACAUUUUUGUUUCCAGCUCAUCAGCUAAUCUUGUGAUUUCUAUUCUUGUGUUUGUUGCUGCAAGUAUUAUGAUGAUGGUGUUGACAUUUUUAAUACACAACUCAAUUGAAAAGACUGAACAGGAAGUCAAUCAAGUGAGAUCAUUACUGAAUUAUGUUCCUGUUGAUAAUUUGGAUGCUAAGGAAGAGCUCCGAACCUAUGUUUUGCACAAUUCCUUACCAAGCUUGAUUCAUAGAAAUCAUACGGAUUCAAAUGAUGACAAUGUUAGAAAUAUGUUAAAUGCAGCAGUCGAUGGAGCUGUAAUGUGUAAUGAUAAGGGAGAUAUUGAAAUAUUCAACCCAGCUGCUUCUAGAAUUCAUGGAAGACAAGCAGACGAAGUAUUAGGAAGACCUUUCUGGAUCCUAUUCGACACCAAAUAUCAUGAUGAAAUCAAAUCUGUAAUGUCACUUAUGAUUAAAGGCAACCAUUUGAAUCAUGCAGGAGAGACGAAAGAAGUUGAAGGCCUCAGAAAGAACGGCACCAAAUUCCCAGCCAUCAUUACAAUUUCAGGAACAACUUAUGAUUCCAAGGUGAUUUACAUUUGCUUUAUCAAAGAUAUCAGCUCUGAAAAGAAGCAAAAUGCUCUCCUUGCAGAAGAGAAGAAGAAUAGUGAAAAUCUCUUGAAGAAUAUUCUUCCAAGUGCUGUAGCUCAAAAGCUCAAAGCCGGUGAAACAUUCAUAGCUGAAAAAUUCUCUGAUGUAACAUGCUUCUUCUCUGAUAUGGUUGGUUUUACCUCUAUCAGUAGUAAGAUGGGUGCCAAUGAAUUAGUGGGAAUGUUGAACGCAAUUGUGAACGGAUUUGAUGCCCUCACAGAAAAGUAUGAUUUGGAAAAGAUUAAAACAAUUGGUGAUGCUUAUUUUGCUACAGGUGGUUUGUGGCAAACAAGUGAUCACCCUGAGAGAGUUCUCAUGUUUGCAUUGGAUACAUUCUAUGUGAUUAGAACGUACAAUACAAGUAACAUUGCUCAACAAUUGAGAAAGAUUGACAAUUUAGAUGCUCCAGAUAUUCACAAGGUUAUUCCUCAAAUAGACAUUAGAAUUGGUAUCAAUACUGGUGAGUGUGUUGCAGGUGUUAUUGGAACUAAAAAGUUUGCCUAUGAUUUAUGGGGAGACACCAUUAACGUGGCCUCUAGAAUGGAAUCUACAAGUAAACCAGGCCAAGUGCAAAUUUCCAGAAGUACCUUUGAAAGAGUUCACGAUUUACCAAAACUGAAAUUUGAAGAAAGAUUUGUUGAAGUUAAAGGAAAAGGUAAAAUGCAAAGUUAUCUUGUGGAUCCAUCCUGCCAUGAUUGUGCAAAACUUAAUGAAGAAACCAUUAAGGUUUUGAUUGAUGAAGAAAAGUCCCUACGAAAUGAACUCAAUCCAAGAGAAUCUUUUGAUUUAACAGGUGGAAAUGUUGCAGAACCACCAACAACCUUGUAA